AUGUUUGCAGCCUGGAAUACACCUAGGAAGGAAGAAAUGCUUUUGAAAUUUAUUAAGCAAAUAGUUUUCCUCUUCAUGACUGUGGUUGGAACUCUGGGGAACAUUUCUGUUUCUGUGAAUUAUAUGUUCAGUUGGUGGGGGAGCACUGAGAAGAAACCCGUACACCUUAUUCUCAUCCACUUGGCUUUUACAAACAUCAUAAUCCUUCUUGCAAAAGGAUUGCCAAACACAAUGAUAGCUUUUGGUUUGAGAAACUUCCUAGAUGACAUAGUAUGUAAAAUCCUAAUUUACCUGGAGAGGGUGGCCCGUGGCCUCUCCAUCUGCACCAGCAGUCUCCUCACUGUGGUCCAGGCCAUCAUCAUCAGUCCCAGAGCAUCUGGAUGGAGGAGGCUCAGACCACAGUCUGCAUGGCACAUCCUUCCAUUCUUUUCAUUCUUUUGGAUACUCAAUGCUUUAAUAAGUGUAAACCUAAUUCAUUCCAUCACAAGUAUAAACCUGAAUAUAUCACAGCUUAAGAAUGGUUACAGCUAUUGUCAUUUUAUGCUAGAAAGUCAGAAAACAAAAUGGAUUAUUCUCCCUCUCAUGGUUUUGAGAGAUGCUGUGUUUCAGGGAGCCAUGGGAGGUGCCAGUGGCUACAUGGUACUUCUUCUCCACAAGCACCACCAGCAUGUGCUCUACCUUCAGAACUCCAAGCUUCUGUACAGAACUCCCCCUGAGCUGAGAGCUGCUCAGAGUGUCAUCCUUCUGAUGCUCUGUUUUGUUUUCUUUUAUUGGACUGACUGUGCUGUUUCUCUAUUAUUAAGUCUCUCUUUAGGAAAUGAUUCUGAGAUGAUAAUUGUUCGAGAAUUUCUGGUCCUUGGUUAUGCAAUCUUCAGCCCCCUUGUGUUGAUUCACAGGGAUGGACUUUUGGCUGAGUGUUGGCAUGCUCACUGGAAGAAAUUGAGAAAUUGUCUUUCUCCUUUAUCUGUUUAG